AGAAGUUGUAGAGAAGGAGAGAGAAGUGAUGACAUACUUCUAUCAACCAAAUGUUAAGAAGUGUCAUCUCCAAGAGUCAUGUUUUGUGAUGGUGCCCGAAAGGGAUAACUCUUUGGAAAGAUAUACAUUCAGUCACGCGAUGGUGCAGUCGGCGCGGCUGGGCGCGUGGGAGGCGCGGCUGGAGGCGCUGGCGUCCUCCGUGCGGUACCACACCGCCUCCAUGGAGAAGGAGGGCGCCGCUCAUGUCGAUAAAAAGGAGGUAGUCCGCAAACUAGGCGAGUUGUUCUCUCUCCGACACAGAUUGAACGUUGAAUCGGACAUGUUGGAUACACCAGACUUCUACUGGGAGGAAGAGGAGCUCGAGAGGCUCUACUCUAACACCCUCGCAUACUUCACCAUAUCUAGGAGGACCAGGGUAUUAAACGAACAGUUAGGCCACUGCGUGGAGCUUUUAGAGUUACUAUCAUCAUGGGCGCAAGACAGGCACCACAUCCGCCUGGAAUGGAUGAUCAUAGCGCUGAUCCUGGCUGAGGUAUGCUUCGAGCUGCUUCACAUCUUCGAGAGGAACUUGUUACGUACCGAUCACCGCCGUUACCCGAGCCACCAGCCGGCUUUCUUCAGCGACGUAGAAGAGAGCAUACUCCAGGAUCUAUCCAUUAUCGACACUUAGCUCGUGAAGGACAUACGAGGAUGCGAAGUUAGAUCCAUUUAGUGGUUCGAUGAAUACUGUGGGGUUUGACCCACAAAACGCAGUACUAACGCCUGCUCUGGAGGAGUUUUAUAAGAUGAUAAUCUGUCCUUAACUACAGGGUUCAAAAUUGCCUUCUAUACUUUUAUAUAGGUCUAUUAAAUUUUUGGUUCAUCUUAAGUUUGAUUUCGUAUAUUAUAAUAUUUGCAUUACAUUAAAAUUAUGGAAUAGCAAUCCUGUGAAAAUAUCGUCAAAAUUGGAGUGAGACAUAUAAUUAUUGUUGAGAGUAAUAAUUAGACGCGUAUUGGUUAUAUCUCUCUGUCUCUCUCCCACGUCCGCAUUGUAAUGUCGGUGACGUCAUUGUGGUAAUCGUGCAUGCUAUAUCUCUUAUUAGAUACUUUCCUUUUCCACUAGAGUGAAAAACAUAUAACUUAUUUUUAAAGUGGAUUUUUAUGAUUAUCAUAAUUAUUGUCGUUAAGGCAUCGGUGUUUAAUUUAAAUAAAUUAUUAAUUCAGU